GAGCAUCAAAGCUUAGCCUUGGGAACUCAGUUGUUGUCCCCUGGCUCCGACGGACGCUCCGCUCAUCUCACAGCUGCACGCUGCCUGGGGCUCAAUGGUUUAGACGAUCGCCAGGCCCUUCGUCAACGCGCUUGCAAAUCGGUGAUGCGGUG